UCUGGCUGCGAUUGGUUUUCCUACUCGGCCUCUUCUUCUUCCUGUUUGCUGAGUGCUCAGUCAUGGCUCCAGCAAAGAAGCAGGUGGUGUUCAGGAAACCGGGUGGGAAAAGGAAGAAGCAGAUCCUGAAGUUUACCUUGGAUUGCACUCACCCUGUGGAGGAUGGCAUCAUGGAUGCUGCCAACUUUGAGCAGUUCCUGCAGGAGCGCAUCAAGGUGAACGGCAAAGCUGGAAACCUCGGAGGAGGCGUGGUGUCCAUCGAAAGGAGCAAGAGCAAGAUUGCAGUGAACUCAGAAGUUCCCUUCUCAAAGAGGUACUUGAAGUAUCUCACCAAGAAGUAUCUGAAAAAGAACAACCUCAGGGACUGGCUGCGGGUCGUAGCCAACACCAAGGAGAGCUACGAGCUGCGCUACUUCCAGAUCAACCAGGACGAGGAGGAGGAGGAGGAUGAAGAUUAAACCGUGCACCACUCUAAAAAUAAAUGUAAAAAGACAAAAAAAA